GGUUUUGCUACUGAUCGGGAAUACGCUGAUCGCGUUGGUAUUACGGAAGCAGAUUUGGAUCUAGAAGCCUGGGAAGGGGAUGAUGAAAUGGAUGAUGGCUUUCUGUUAGCUGAUGAACGUGGUUGGUCAGUGGAGCAGAUGUUCCAGGCAAAUGAUGUUCUCGGCGUGAAAAGCACUUUUGAUGAGAACAUGGGCCAGUAUGCAACGGCUGCAGUUCAAGGCAGUGCGGAAGAUCUCAAACGCGCGGAACGAAUUGCACAGGAAAUCAGCAGUUCUGUGGCAAGCAAAGCGCGGGCGCAGCUGGAAAAUGAUGAUGAGGAGCGUGAUUUGGACAAAGAAACUCUGGAGCCGUUUCAGGUGCGUAUCAGAAUAUUCAUUCCGUUUCGCAACGGUGUUAUUGGACUACCUGAGUUUGCUAGUAAUCCUAACUUUCAGCUUUUUCGCCAGGAAAUAGCAGAUCCCACGUUUUAUAUUUCAGUUUACGAGGCAGCAUAUAUGAAACAAAAACAUCAGGUGUUCGAACGACACCGCUGCAGAACGGAAUGGGUAUUGUGA